CCCGUUUCUUAUGCUUCCCUUAAAACUAAUUUUUAAUUUUCACCACCUUCUUCUUCUUCUUCCUUCCCCCACUUCUUUCACACAUCCAUGGCUGCCGCUUCCUCCUCUAUUUCUCAAUCACAAUUCACAAUGCAUCUCCCUGAAAGUUCCCCCAUUUUCCCCCUUCCCACCGCCAUGCGCCGUUCUCAUACCAUGUCCAAAUUCAACCCUUACGAACAUCUCAGCGUCUCCCUUAACCCCGACGGCUCUCUCUCCCGCCUCCUCCACCUCCCCGCCGUCUCCUCCUCCGCACCCGGAGAUCCUGUUGCUUUUAAAGACAUCACGCUCAACGCCUCCGCUGCCACCUGGCUCCGCCUCUUCCGACCCACCAACAUCCCCGCCAACGACGGUGUCGCCGCCCGUCUCCCCAUCGUCAUUUACUUUCACCACGGCGGCUGGAUCCUCCACACCGCCUCCGAUGCUAUCACUCAUCGGAACUGCGCCGACCUUGCCGCCCAGAUCCCUGCCAUUGCCAUCUCUGUCAACUACCGCCUCGCCCCUGAGAGCCGGCUGCCAGCGCAGUACGACGACGCUGCGGAUGCCCUCCGGUGGGUGAAGACCCAAAUGACGGAUCCCGACGGCGAGAAAUGGCUUAAGGAUUUCGGCGACUUCUCCCGUUGUUACCUUUACGGCGUCGGCUGCGGCGGCAACAUUGCGUUCUUCGCUGGACUGAAGGCGGCGGGGUUGAAGCUUGAGCCGAUGAAGGUGGCCGGAAUCGUAAUGAACCAGCCAAUGUUUGGUGGUGUUCAAAGGACUGAAUCGGAGCUCCGAUUCGCGGCGGACCAGUUGCUGCCGUUGCCGGUGCUGGAUUUGAUGUGGGAACUGGCGCUGCCGAAAGGGAUGGAUCAGGACCAUCGGUACUGUAAUCCGAUGGUGGGGGGCCCACAUAAGGAAUUGAUCGGACGGCUGGGACGAUGCCUGGUAAUCGGGUUCGGCGGUGAUCCGAUGGUAGACCGGCAGCAGGAAUUUGUGAAGAUGUUGACCGGAUGUGGGGCCCAGGUGCUGGCGUGGUUUGAUGACAUGGGAUUUCAUAAUGUUGACCUUGUUGACCAUCGACGGGCUGCUGCGGUUAUGAGUCUUGUUAAGGAAUUCAUUAUUUGAUUUUA